CUCAAGUAGCACUCUGUUCUGUUGUGAUGUAUUGCUAUAAAACCGCCCUUAACCAGCCUGCUUCCAUCCCCCUAUCUAGAUGUCUAUCUUCCUACAUUUCUCUUUUCCUCUGAUUGAGUACUAAUUGCAAUUCCUUGUGCCUCGAUGCUCAAAACUACUCAUGUCUCCGGUUGUCAGUGAAGUUCUUCUUUCUGGGUUUAUCAUAAACUCAACUCUUCGCCGGAGAACCCAUUUAGUCCAAUCUUUCUCCGUCGUGUUCCUUUACUGGUUCUAUGUCUUCUCAUAGACGACGAUCCUACAAUUAAUCCACUUCGCUUCGUUUGGUCAUUUUUCAUCUUUUUUUUUUUUCUUCUGAAUCUAUCAUAUUAUCGAAAUGGGUUCUUCAGGUGGGGCUUCAUCUGGGUCGGAACAUGAUCGGGAGGUGAAGAGGAAGCGGCGGAGAAUGCAGUCCAAUCGAGAAUCGGCUCGGCGAUCUCGACUGCGCAAGCAAAAACAUUUGGACGAUCUUACAGAGCAGGUGAGUCGACUUAGGAACCACAACCAUGAGAUUGUGGCGAGCUUGAACGUGGCGGCGAAUCUGUGCGUCAGCUUGGAGGCAGAGAACUCCAUCCUCCGAGCUCAGAUAGCGGAGUUGACCCGCAGAUUACAGUCUCUAAACGACAUCGUAAUGUUUAUAAACUCCACGGAGGUUUUCGAAACAUUCUUGGACGUUGGCGAUUUUAAUGGAUUUGAAGACAUGUUUUGAGAACUGAGGGUGAUCUGUGUACGGACAAACUGCAGCGGAUGGUUUUUGCAGACAUGUUUUAUUUUUAUUUUUUUAUUUUGUAGUUCUUAAAAUUUGUCAUUAAUAUUUAGUAGUUUU